CUAUUCCCCCGAAUUGUCGUCAAACGAUUGGAACAAGGCACUUACCGCUUGGGGGGUAGGACUUUCGUUACUUCUUAAAGCUUCUGUUUCGGAAUUUGUUGAAGCAUUAUUAAGUAACAAGAGUUUACAAAAGUUUUUGAAAACUUUUUUUGCACUUCGUAAAAAAAUUUCUAACAAAAACAACAAGCCUAAUUUUGGAGAAAAUGUUCAACAAUUAGAAAUAGAUUUGGACAAAAAAGUUUUAAUGGUAUUAUUACCAAAAGCUUUGUAUCGAGAACAAUUGAUUACCGAGGGGCUUUUGCUUGCUUUGGUUUCAACUUAUGGAAAAUCAAAUCCUAACUAUACAAAAAAAAUAUUUGAAAGUAUAAUUAAUUUUGUGCCAGAAUUGAUACAAGAUCUUGAGAAACUUCCAGUUGUUAUAAUAAAAUAUGUAAAUGCUAUUGAGGAUAAAUUUGGAAAGAACCAAAUUGAACCGUUGGAAGAAGAGAAAACAUAA